UCCCGUGCCUUCAGCCCCGCGCUCGGAGCCGCUUUCGCUGCCGCCGUCUGCUCCCUGGGGCAGCCGCAGCUACCGCCGCCUCCCACAGGCCGAGGACUCUGUCCGCUGGGCCGCUCGUCCCAAGGCAGGAGGACGAGCUCGAGGAGGAUGCCUGGGCCCGUCCCUCGAGUCCCUGAGUGAAGCACUUCCACGCGUUGUCCGGCGCCAUGGGAAGGUGGGGAAGCUGUCCCCCGCCGGCGCGCGUACGACUUGAGCCCCGCCGCAGGCAGCCCCUGGCCGCGGGUCCUCGAGUGACACUGGCGGCACCUGGGAGCGUGGCGCGAGCUCGAGGCCACGCAGAGGAGCCCAGUGUCCAGUGAAGCUGCUGAGGACCUACUGCUUACGCCGCCACCAUGGUGAUGUCCCAGGGCACCUACACGUUCCUCACGUGCUUCGCCGGCUUCUGGCUCAUCUGGGGUCUCAUUGUCCUGCUCUGCUGCUUCUGUAGCUUCCUGCGCCGCCGUCUCAAACGGCGCCAGGAGGAGCGACUGCGCGAGCAGAACCUGCCGCCGCAUCUCUCGGUGCCGCCCCGGCCCUGGAGCUAUCCGCGCCAAGCGGAAUCGGACAUGUCCAAGCCACCAUGUUAUGAAGAGGCGGUGCUGAUGGCAGAGCCCCCGCCGCCCUACAGCGAGGUGCUCACGGACACGCGCGGCCUCUACCGCAAGAUCGUUACGCCCUUUCUGAGCCGCCGCGAUAGCGCGGAGAAACAGGAACAGCCGCCGCCCAGCUACAAGCCGCUCUUCCUGGACCGGGGCUACACCUCUGCGCUACACCUGCCCAGCGCCCCGCGGCCCGCAGCGCCCUGCCCCGCCCUCUGUCUGCAGGCCGACCGUAGCCGCCGGGUCUUCCCCAGCUGGACCGACUCAGAGCUCAGUAGCCGCGAGCCCCUGGAGCACGGAGCUUGGCGCCUGCCGGUUUCCAUCCCCUUGUUCGGGAGGACUACAGCCGUAUAGAGGGACGCCCGGCGUCCUGGGCCCCACCGGCAAACUCCUGGCCUGACUCUGGGGCUUUUUAAAUGCUUCCCUUGGACUACGGGGGAGGAGGGAGGGAGGGAUUUCUUACCCCGUUUGUUACAUUUUGAGGAUAAUAAAGGUGUGUGAUCUGCUUUGGUACGAGCGGAGGGGACAACCGCUGCUUUUGCUCAAGGUUCUGGUGACCAGGCAUGCUGCAGCCACAACUGGAAGGAACGCGAAUGGGCGUUUCUGCCACAAGCUGUCCUGAGUGCACAGAACUGAACCUCAGAUCAGUGUUUGGAAAUUUGAGGCUAGUUCCUCAGAAGGCCUCAGGAUCCCCUAGCUUGCCUUUGAGAUCACGGUUAAGGCAACCUUUAGGAUCUGGGAAUGGGGGUCAGGGCAGACAGGCAGCCCUGCCAGAUCAGCCCCUGGAGGCCCAGAGCAAUAGGCCCAAAGGGAUCUGGAUUUCUUUAUU